CGUCUCGGUUUGUUGACGUUCUGCAGGAGUGCAGCACGAGCGAGUCGCGGCGUGGAGCCAAUGAAGCUCCGACCAGCUCAUUCACCUUAAAUGGGUUUUCCAGUUAAAAGAUGAUCGCCUCACUUUCUAGAGGAAGUCUGCUGGACGAGGUUCUGCAUGGGGGCUUCAACGAGCAGCAGCUGGCAGCCUAUGUUUCCUGGGUGAACUCUCAGCUGAAGAGGAAACCAGGACUGAAGCCCAUCAUAAACCUCAGGCAGGAUCUGCAGGAUGGGGUGGUGCUCACCCAACUCAUAGAGAUAGUUGCAGGGGAAACGCUGGAAGGGGUCUACGUUGCUCCACAGAACAAAGAGGAGAGCUGGAAGAAUGUGGCGCAAGUCUUACAGUUCAUUUCCUCCAGACACAUACGCAUGCCACACAUAUCUCCAAAAGACAUUGUCGAUGGUAAUCUGAAAUCGGUUAUGAGGAUAAUUCUGGCGUUGGCUGCCCACUUCAAACCCUCAGCCAAUCACAGGGCUGCUUCUGGAGGUGGGAGGAGUUUGACAAGAUGCUCUUCCAGCCACAACCCUCUCUCCACUGUUGCACUAGCGCAAGGUGCCGUUGCUGCACUGGCAUCAGCACGACUUGAUGCCUCGCAGCCCACACGUCUCCAGAGUGGCUGGGGGUUGGAUGUGGAAAAGAAUGUGUGUGUUCGUGCACUGGUUAAGCAGUAUGAAAGAGGAUCUCCAGAUGAGCCGGACAAUCCCCAGCCUAGCAGCCUCAGCUCCGCCAGCCCACUGUCACCUCCGAGAGCUCCACCCAGCAGCCACUCGGAGAGACUGCAGGAAGACCACCAACAACAGGAGAGCAGUGUGGAGUCAUCUCAUGUCGUAGCGGAGACGACGUUGGACGGUUCUCUCAGUGAAACUUUGGAGCAGGAUGUGCAGGAGACCCGUAAAAUGGUGUCUGCUUUACAGGCUCUGCUGCUGCAUGGUUCGCUGCCUGAGGAUGAGCAGGAUGUGUCUUUGAGUUUGGACCAAGGCAAUGCUGAACAGCAACUGUUUCCCUUCUUUCUCAGUCCAUUGUGGUUUUCACACACAUCCCUUUUCCAGGUAGUCAUUCACAGUCGUUUGGAUCAGAGCAUGGAGGAGGCUCGGGAGCUAAAGAGGGAACUGUUGCGCUGUAAGCAGGAGAUGAGAAACUUGCAGGGAGUCAAGGACGCCCAGCAGCAGAGACUGUGCACUCAGGAGGCAUCGAUACUGCAGAUGAAGCAAGAGCUUCUCCGAGCCAGCAUGACGAAGGAUGAGCUCAACAACCAGAGUGCCGAGCUACAGUGGAAGCUGGAGGAAUGUAACAAAAUGUGGGGAGAAUGCAAGAAGGAGAUGGGACAGAAGGACAGGCUACUGCAGCAACUCAAACAGAAGCUUGAAGAAAGUAAAAAUAAUCAGAUUCCCACCAGCACAGAAAACAAUGGGUAUUCGUACUCAGGAAAUCCAGCUCCGUCUAUGUCAGACCAGGCAGAGGAGGUUCAGCUGCUCAGAGAUUCACUUAGGAGUCUGAGGAACAACUUCAGAGACCAUGACCCACAGCACCAUACACUGGACACCCUGGAGCAGGGCAUAGUGUCACUCAUCGACAGACUGCAUGUUCUGCAUACACACAGGGGAAGGGGGAAAUCUCCAAGACGCAAAGGCCAACACACAGACUCUGACACCUGGCCUUGCACAAAGGUUUGUCAACCCCACAGUGGUUCUUCUGCCUCCACGAAAAUCCUUUAUUUUACUGGAAAAUCCCCAACACCUUCCAUGAUCAACAUACCGAAGAGGUUGGGUGAGGUUACUCUAAAGGAUGUCAAGGCAGCCGUGGAUCGAGAGGGAAACUAUAGGUACCACUUCAAAGCCCUGGAUCCUGAGUUUGGCACUGUGAAAGAAGAGGUAUUCCUGGAUGAAGCAAUCAUUCCAGGCUGGGAAGGAAAAAUAGUGGCCUGGGUAGAAGAGGACCAUGGAGAGGAAAGGCCAUUUUAGGUGCAAGCUGAAGGACAUGACACCUUGUCAUUGCUCUUGUUCACUCUGAUCCGAGAGGCACAUCUACACAACUGUUCAACAGAGGUACAAGUGGACACUUUUGAGAUUUUAAUUCUUAGCGAAAUACUGUAAGACUUGUCAGCAAGAGAUUUGGGUUGAUCAGCUGGUACUAAACCACACUGAUAGCCCUAAGCACUCUGGAGACAGUGUUAAUCUGUUACUCAUAUCUAGAAUAUCGUGACGCUCAGUGCCUUACAAAGUAAAGUUAUCUCCAUCAUGUGUUUGUUAUUGCCAGACUGUUACUCUUUAUCAAAACUGGACAAAAGAUUAUUUUGAUUUGACUGUUUAUAAAGCCACAGUUCUGUUAGUCUUCACCUCUAGUUGAAACCACAGGUUUGUACUGUAUUUAAGAAUUUGAGAAAAUGUACAAGUCAUUUUUAAGUGAUAAGUAUCACUUUUCAUUCCUUGUUCAACAAUGAACAAACGCAACCAGAUUACAUGUUAGAAAUAUGUAUUUACCGUUGUUUACAUUUCAGUUCAUUGUGAAUUUAAAUUGAAUUUACAGUAUUAUCUAAGAAUAAGGGAAAAAAAAAAUCUGACAAACUUUGUACAUCUUCAUUUUGUUUUGGUGCUGCACAAGGUUAAUUACAUCCAGUAUGAUUACAAGCGGUCAUUUAGAGAUGUCAGGACAGCAUUUUUUUUUUGCAAAAAUAAAAUCAACAAAUAUUUCAGUCUCACUAAAUAGGACCCAAAACCAGAUGUGGAUUUAAAUGUGAGUCUGUAGCUCACCAGCAUGCAUGUAAACAGAAAUGCUGAAACUGAACUGCUGUCACUGAAAUUUAAUUGAUGCUGGAAUUUUGAUGUUCAUGUAGAAAUGCCGAUGAAGAGCACUGUUGUUUUGUUUACUUUAUGAAAUUGUUUUGUACAUUUGUGUAAAAUUAUUUUCACUCUACUCUUAAUGGCUCUUAUCUGUUUAGGGAGGGACUCCUGUGAGAUUAGAAUAUGCUCUUGCUCCUGUUAAAAAUAUGCUGUAGUUGUGAAUUUUACAUCAGACAUUUAAAGGAGACUUUUGUCCUGGAACAGUGGACAAUCCCACUAUUUAUGGUAUGUAUGCAUAGACUGUAUAAAAGAAGUGUGUGGGUGUGUGUGUGGCAUCAGGAUGGACCUUUGAUAUGCUUUCCUUCACUUUGCUUCUAUCUGCCUAUUUGGGAUCAAUGUGUUUGCCUUCACUAACAAGCCAACUGAAAUAUGCAUCAGUCUACGUUUAUAUAUGACAUGUUUAAAUGCCAUAACUGCCUGUACUGUGAAAUGUACAAUUUGCUUGUAAGAUGGUUAUAAAAUAUGGUUACUGUCUGUUGAAAAAAGAAGACCGUUGUUGAAUGUUAGAAAGACUGAGAUUUUUAAAUAAAGUCUGCAUUUUGUUUUUAAAAAGGUGAUCCAUUUUUAUGGUGUCUAGGAGACAGUGGAGUUUUACUAAUA